GUCAAAGCGGAGAACUUGACCGCCACGAUCUGGACAGCCUGGCUUGGCAUGCAUUCUAAAGCUCGCAGUAUUUUGGACGGCUCUCCAUGCCCAGAGAAAUGGAUGUGCGAUAGUGAAAUUCAGCUAGCAUGUUUCCGUGGUUUUCUUGGCCUCAUUGGCCUCAUUUCAGAACAGAAGGCACUUUAGAGUGACAAUCCCACCAUGAAGUGGCGAACGCGGCGAUAUCAACUUGAUCAACCCAACCGCUGGAGCCGAGUCGAAGUUCGGCGUCAGAUCACACCGCCUACAACAUCGGGCCUUGCCCCGGCCAUCCUUAUGUACCGGCAUUGAGGAGGUUGCACGCGGUGACGGCUCGAUGCAUCCAGCGGUUUGGGCAAGAUUUGAAGACGCUCCAGCUGUUGAAACUUCGGCAAUCGCGGCAUUGCCAAGGCCGUGUUGCCAAAUCUGGGGGUUCUCGGUGUUAG